AUGGGAGUUCUAUCAGAGACAAACCACCUUUUUCAAGAAUACAUUUGGCCAGUGUUACUAGCCCCAAUUGUCAUCCUCCUCAUGAGAUCCAUCAUCACAGCGUGGGCACCAGGUUUACGGAAUCUCCCAGGGCCAGGCCUUGCCCGAUUCACACCAUUUUAUCGAGCUUGGAAAAUCUCCAAAGGAGACGCACCAAUAUUCUAUCGUAAUCUGCACGAACAAUACGGACCAAUCGUCCGCACCGGACCAAAUUCAGUCGAUAUCUCGGAUCCCAGCGCACUUCCCAUAAUAUAUGGGAUAGGUAGCAAGUUUCUAAAGUCCGCAUUCUACGAUACAUUCAGUCCCUCCUUCGAAGAUAAGGUCAUGCCAAGCAUGUUCUCCGUCCGUGAUCCAGUCGCCCAUCAGGCUCUUCGGAGACCGGUUGCCCAGAAAUUCUCCAUGUCAUCUAUUAAAACACUUGAGCCGUUUGCGGAUCAAUGUACUCGGAUAUUUAUUGAUGCGAUGAAAGACUUGGAAGGAGAAAAGGUUGACUUGGGCGUCUGGCUUCAGUGGUAUGCGUUUGAUGUUAUUGGAGCUAUCACAUUUCAACGCCGAUUUGGAUUUAUGGAGAAGAGGGAAGAUGUUCAAAGUAUGAUCAGUGGCUUGGAGGCUGGGUUACACUAUGCUGGUAUUGUCAGUCAAGUUCCUUUUCUUCAUCCUUGGAUGAUUGGCAAUCUUUGGGUUGGAAAGUUUCUAGCUGCGCAGCCGUUUAUUGAUGCUCCUGAUCCUCUUCGGACGAUGGUUCAGUUCACUCAAAAGUGCAUUGACGAUUAUGAUCAGCAGUCGUCUCAGCAGCAUAAUCGACCAGACUUUCUUGCUUGGCUGAGAGGGGAGGAGGCGAAGGGCAAACCCAUGUCGAAUCGAGAUAUUAUGAAUCAUCUUAGUAACAACUUGCUUGCUGGAAGCGAUACCACGGCCAUAACCCUUCGUGCCAUUAUCUAUUUUCUUGUGCAAAACCAGUCGGUCUAUAAGAAACUGCAGAAAGAAAUAGAUGAAGCCGAUGCGGCGGGAAGGCUAUCUCACUAUAUCACUUACGCCGAGUGUCUAGAACUUCCUUAUCUACAAAUUGUUAUGAAAGAAGCAAUGCGGUGCCAUCCCGGGGUAUCAUUCCCACUCGAGCGUGUCGUUCCCCGUGGUGGGACUGUUCUUUGCGAGACCCAUUUGAAAGCGGGGACUAUCGUCGGAAUCAACCCAGCCGUGAUACAUCAUGAUAAAUCUAUCUUUGGCGAUGACGCAGCAGCUUUUCGACCAGAGAGAUGGAUCGAGUCUAGUGAAGAGGAGGUAAAGAUUAUGGAUCGACAUCUUAUGACAUUUGGAUAUGGGUCUCGAACAUGCAUUGGGAAGAAUAUCUCCAUUAUGGAGAUGGGAAAACUGGUACCGCAGCUCAUUCGCAAUUUCGAGAUCGAAUGGGCAUCUCAAGAAGCCGAAUGGCGAGUCGAAACAUUCUGGUUUGCAAAACAGCAUGGGUUGAAGUGUCGUUUGAAGUCUCGCACUCCAAAGCACAAAUGA